AUGGAAACCAAAAGCAAGGAACGGAAAAUUCUUUCUCUAAGCAGGAAAUUAGCUAUAGAACAUUAUCUGUGUGUUGAGCCUCAAGGUGCUUCAGGGGGUCUAGCCAUGUUGUGGAAUUCAAAGUUUCAGGUCCAGAACUUAUCAGCUAAUAAUAGAAUUAUGGAUUUCCAUGCCUCCAGCAACCAUAUGAACCCAUUUUUCCUAACCAGUGUGUAUGGUGAUCCAAUCCCAGCUCUUCGGCAGGCCGUGUGGAACAAAUUGGAAUCAAUAGGUGCCAACCGUAAUGAGAGGUGGAUUUGUUUUGGUGACUUUAACUCAUAUGUUUCAUGGCAUAAGAAGUCUGGAGGGAGAACUACCAUUACUAAGGAUGUUACACAGUUUAGAGAGAUGCUCAACUCUUGCCAUCUUAUGGAUCUUGGGGCGCAUGGGCCCAGGUACACUUGGAGAAACAAUCGAGCAGGCCCGACUGGAAUCCAAAUACGUCUUGAUAGGGUGCUAUCUAACUCGGCUUGGCGCCUGGAGCAUGAAGAUGCAGUGGUUUUCGUUAAACCGGAGAUUGGCUCUGACCAUAAUCCCAUCAUUAUCGAUACGGAAGGAAAUGCGACGCAUGGCCCUCGCUCUUUUCACUUCGAAGCAAUGUGUCUUCGGCACUCUGGAUGCUCAGGGGUGGCGGCAAAGGCUUGGUCAAUUACUCCUACUGGUACUGUAGAUCACCGGCUGAAGGAGAAAAUUGUGAACUGCAAACCGACGUUUCAGAAGUGGAAUAAGGAGACGUUUGGAAAUGUGCAUCAGAAAAUUAAUUCCCUCAUGAAGGAUCUCGAGAUACUCCAGGAUGGUGAAGCUGGUAGUACGAAUCAAGUCAGAGAGAAGGAGAUCAUAUCUGCUUCAGAAGAAGAAUUGUCCAGGCAGGAGAUUAUGUUCCAACAAAAAUCGAGAAUAGAGUGGACAAUGGACAAGAAUGGAGCAGGAAUUAGUACUGAACCUAUGGUGGACUCUACUCUCAAUGCUGCGUUGUGCGAAAUUCCAUCUCCAGAUGAAAUUAAGAAAGCUAUAUUUUCUAUGGGGCCCCUUAAGGCGCCUGGGCCUGAUGGAUUGCCACCUAUUUUCUACCAAAAGUUCUGGGAGGUCACUUACUCAGAGGUGGUGGACUUUGUCAUUGAGUUCCUUACUCACAACCGGCGUCCAGAGGCCAUGAAUGAUACUUUCAUAUGCUUAAUUCCUAAAUGCCCAAAUCCUGAGACUGUGGACCAAUUUCGGCCAAUUACCAGUGGGCAGGCCGUUAACUGUGAAAAGUCCAUCUUAACUUUUAGUCCAAAUACCCCUCCCAAGAUUAAGCGCUGGUUCUCUAAGAUCCUAAAGAUCAAGCAUGGGGCAGGGCCACAGAAAUAUCUCGGCCUUCCUACUCUUCUUGGGUUAUCAAAGGUUCAGGCGUUUCGAGAGAUUGGUGCUAAGACUGCUAAAUGCCUACAAGGGUGGAAACAUCAGUUGCUUUCUCAAGCUGGAAAAGAAGUAUUGAUCAAGUCUGUCGCCCUCUUAAUGAAUAAUUUUGUAGCGGCACACUUCAAACUUUCGAAGGCACACCAUGGCAAUGGAGAGCAAAUCCAUAAAUGGGCCGAUAAUUGGAUACCUGGAAAUCCAAGUUUUAAGAUUCAAUACCCUCGGCUGGAGGAUUACGAAUUUGAUCGAGUGUCUCAGUUAAUUGAUGUCUCAAAUAUGAGGUGGAAGUUUGAAAUUAUGCAAGACAUUUUCCACCCCUUUGAUCUUGCAGCCAUUAAGCAAAUUCAUCUUCCACUCUUCCCGAGAGAAGAUCGCCAAGUUUGGACUGGGCCACGUAAUGGAAAGUUCACGGUUAAGUCUGCUUAUGAGGUGAUUUGUAUGGCUCAGCGUAGUGAUGACCAAGCUCAGCCAUAG